UGAUCCAGUUAUACAUUAAUAUGAGUAUAUUUAAACGUGUAAGUUAUUUAUCAAUUCAACACGUUUUAUUGAAGUUUAAGUUUAGGUGAAUAUUCAUCUUUUUGCUGCUGCUAGAGGUAAACUUUACAUCGACAUUCUCCGCCAACGGAGCGUGUCUGAAAUGAGAUCCAACCCGUUCUCCCGCAGCUCAACCUGCUCUCCGACAACCAGCAGCAGGACGCGGCUCGGAGUCAAACACCCGCCCGCCGCUCGUUCAUUCACCUCGGCCCAGCCGAGCAUGAAGGCCGCCUAAUGUUUAACCCGUCGCCCCCGUCCCGGAAACACGCCCCCUCGGUCACGGACGGCUGUGAGUUCGCUCCGGAGCCUCUCCACGUUAGCGACACGACGUGGCCGCCACCGGGCGCCAAGAUGCGGAUCUCCAAGGGCGCGGUGGUCGUGAGAGGCGUCCGCCGGCAGCCGAGUGCGGGCAGCCUGGAGAGCCUGGAGGCCGUCUGGGGCCAGAGGGAGCAACCCGAUGUGGCCCCUCGUAGCCCCGGGGCGAGAGAAGCUGCCAGAAACGGGAUAGAAGGACACGGAGGAGCUCCGCCYCGGGCCAGGAAGAGCAGGUUCCGAGCCCCCGACGUCAGGACCAUCUUCUCCCCCGGAGAGAAGGACCCCAGGGUGAAGGAGGAGUCCGGGGAGGGACACACCUUCCAGGUCGUAGGCGAGAGCGCUUGGUGCGACUUCUGCUGCCAGUACAUCUUUCAGGAUGUUCUCACCUGUUCAGGUUGCAAGUAUGCAUGUCACGCUGAAUGUCGAGACAAAGUGUCACUCGACUGUCACCCUGCGACGUCGCCCAUCAGCCAGGACCAGCUGAACAACAACACACCGCUCCACACCGAAAGACCCCUGAGGGACAACGACGUGGACCCUUUUGGAAGCUCUCAACCCCCUGACGUGCUGACCAGCUUAGUAAUCCAUUCACAAGCGACAGCGUCCCCAAAUGACUCRGAGGAGAAACCAGUGACGCGUGUGACGUCAACGACCCCUGAAGUCUCAGCUGCACCCUAA